AUGGUGAUCGUCAGGCGGUCCGAAGAGCGCGAAACUGGGCCAGAAUUACACGACGGCGCCACCUAUCGCUAUCGCGCCGUAUAUGCAAAUGAGAGAAAUCAACUGGCUUUGACAGAAAUUAACCGGCAGCGUUUCGCAGGUCGUUUCACGAAGUGGGAUGAGCGCGAUCAGAAGGAGCCGCAGUGGAUCGACGGGGUGAGAAGUCGCGGCUGUGACUCAUCAACGAGCUAUGUUCGAGCGAACGGCACCGACUACAACAAGGCAGGCCGCGCGCCACCAUAA